GAGCCAUCCCACCUAGGGAAUAUUCCCCUCAGAUUCGGGAUGGGGAGGCUCCAAUUUUUCUGGCGGACGGAGCCGCUCGCGAGCCACGCGCUCCCCACCCCCGCUCUCGUUCGAACGGAUCAGGAGCCCGUGAACUUUCCGGCAGCACGAAAUUUUACAACAAAGUGCACUGCAGCUCAAGGGUUGAUCCAAUGGAGGGAGAGGUCAAGGGUGGCACUGUUUGGACAGCAAGUCAAUCCAGUUUUGUUCAAACUUUUCUUGCUAACCUUGUUGUUGAUGGAACCAAAACCUCUACGGGUUAUAAGAAAGUUCAUCUCAACGCUUGUGCUAAGGCGUUGAAUGAGCAUUUCAAGAUUAAUAGAAGCGGUGAACAGAUUGCCAAUCAUUUGAAAACAUUGAAGAAAAAGUAUGCUAGGAUCAACAUACUUAAGAACAAGAGUGCUUCUUGUUGGGAUGAUGAAAAUUUUAUCAUUCGUUGGGAUCAUGAGAUGUAUACUAGUCAUUUCAAGGAUGAAGAGGGAAAGGAUAGAAACAAGGGUGAUGACGAGUACAUAAACAAGCCGCUCCCGUACUAUGCCAAUCUAGCUACCAUAUUUGGUGACAGUGUUGCAACGGGACAAUUUGCAAAGAUGUCAAGUGAACCUCUUGGGGUAGAUGCUGAUGAGGAAGCAAACAAAGAGGAGAUGAAUGUUGGGACAACCUCUAAUGGUACUCUUGCCCAAGAAGACACAGCGGCUUCAGGAAAUAGGCCAUCCAAGAGAACCAAAAGGGAUGACAAUGGAGCUGAUCCUUUGAUUGAAGCCCUUGAUCGUGGUACUGAAACCAUAGCUAAUGCCAUACGUGAUGCAGCAUCAAAGAAAGCUUUGCCACCGGGUUUGUUUGAAGCUGUGGAUAGCCUUCCUGGUUUUGAGCUUGAGCACAAGGCGGAGUACUACUCUUAUUUGUUGAACAAUCCUAAUAUUGCACAUGGCUUCAUGGAUGCGCCGCUGUUGUACAAGCUCUCUAUGGUUACCAAGUUUGUUAAUUCUAAUAUGUAGGCUUGCUAGUUAGCAAUCGCACUUGGCUUUUGGUUGUAUCCAUGAACAAGGCACUAUGGAUUAUUCUCUAUGCUUGUUUUAUGUGA